AUGUCUGAUCAAUUCACCUCUGUCCAGUGGGACCGGGAUGAUCCCGCUAACGGGUCGGGCCCUGGCCAAUUGUUUCCCACGGUUGACGAGGAACCAUCGCGUGCUGUUACUCCUGAGCAAGCUGAGAAUGCACAACAGGGUAACGAAGACGCAGAAGAUAGCGGAUCAGGAUUGCUUGUUGGCUCGUCUUUACCGCAUCCCGAAACUCCGGAUCUAGUCAAUGGCCAGGCUAGUAUGGUUGCACAUGACACAAUGGACAAGAAUGAGACUUCGCAGGAUUAUUAUAUUGAAACUCGCGUUUCUAGCCCGACGACAGAAUACGAUGGCCAGAACCCAUACACCUCAUAUUUAAUUGAAAUACGAACAGAUUGUGCCUCAUUCAAACAAAAGGACUACAAACUACGCAGACGUUACUCUGACUUCAGCUUCUUAUACGAUUGCCUGGCAAACGACUUCCCUACCCUCGUCAUUCCUCCUCUACCAAACAAACAGCGUUUAGAGUAUAUCAAGGGUGGCCGAUUCACCGAAGAGUUUACGGCUAAGCGUGCAGUCUCUCUGCACACUUUUUUGAGGCGUGUUUGUAAGCAUCCCUCCCUCAAGAAGUCUCAAGUGUUCCAUGUUUUUUUGGAGGAUUCUGAUUACUGGCAUACUUACAAGUCUAACCUCAAGAUAUCUUCAGGCUCUAUUGAUCCAAGCAAUUCAGCAUCUCAAAAUAUAGAAACAGUUACAGAUUAUAUCAUGAAUAGCUUCAAAAAACCUUCCUACGAGUCAAAACACAAGCAAGAAUUUCAGGAAAUACAGGAGAAAUCAACAAGAUUACAAGACAACCUUGUUAAAAUCGACCACAUUUAUUCGAAAGUGUUGACAAGACAACAGGAUAUUUCAGAUGAUUUUGCACGUUUUUCACAAGAAUUUUCAAAACUUAAUAUUCUGUUCAGCAACGAUUUUGAUGGCAAAAGUUCUAAUGACAACGUAGAUGUACCCACAAAACAGAUCGCAGAACAGUUUUCUAAAUUCGGUGCAAAUCUCCAGAAGAUUUCUGAGCGGUCAUAUUAUCUGAAUCAUGAUAUUGAAUACAACUAUCUAACAUCAUUGCGAGAUCUCGAGCACUACAUCACGCAACUCAAAACCUUGGUUAAGCUUAAAGAAGCCAAGGCCCUCGAUUAUGAGAUGUUGUCCAAUUACCUGGAAAAAGCCAAGCAGGAGAAAGAGUAUUUGAUGAGCGGGGGCUCAGUCACCUCUUCCACCGAGGGUGCCAUCACGUUUUUAGCUAGAAAGCUCGAGUCCAUGACUGGUAUAGGAUCCCAUGCUCAUGGGAAUCUGACCAAUGAGAGGAUUGAGAAGCUUCAAGCAAGAAUUGAGGUGCUUGAGAAAGAAAGAAAGAACGCAUUCGAAGUGUUUGAGAAGUUUGAAACGGAUAUCCUGGAGGAGUAUCAAUUGUUUGAAAAAAUCAAAACCGAAGAGAUCAACGAAUCUCUCAGAUUAUUAAGCGAUUCAUAUUUACAGUACUAUACAGACCUACUCCAUGACUGGCAAAAUCUGCAACUAGGGCAGACAGAUCCUAAGACCUGCGCAGAGUUUGCAAACAAAAUGAGUGAGGAUGACGAGUUUUUCUCCCAUAACGAUGUGGUGAAAAACAAUGAGAUUUUAGAAGAAAGCUUGAAGAAACUGAAUGAGUCAACUACGUCUUGA